AUCACAACAGCCAACAGGUACAGCGCCACAUACAGCCGCGCACGAUAAAGUGUUUGCCAGCCGAUGGCAGUGGUGAAUCUUCCCUUCGUCUCGUUAGUCGAGCCAGUUCGAUGGUGGCAGGUGACACGAGAGCAAGUUGCAAAAUCGAAAAAAAUUAAAAUAACAAAAAUGUAAAAAGUGCUCUGUGCUAAGUGUUUGAACAAGUUCUCUCGGUCUAUCCGCACACAGAUGGUGCGAUUUUGAGCGACCAGAAUUCAGCUGACGAGAGGCAAAAGUUUAGAAAACAGUUGAAGGAAAACGUUUCCGCGUGUGUGUGUGUGUGGGUGGGCGCGCGAGCCAGGGAAUAGUCAACGUUUACACGAAUGAUAGAAAAAUUCGACUGCUAGUCAAAUCAAAAUGUGUCACGUUCUGAUUGUGUCCCUUUGCGCCCUCGGACUGAUUUCGUUCGCCAAUGGCAGCUCUAGUACGGCUAGUGGAGAAUUUUGCCCAAAAAUGUGUUCCUGUGAUUUGGUGGAUGGCUUGAAGAGGGCUGACUGCAGUAAUGAAAAGCUUAUCAACACAUACACCGACGUCCCACAUGGUGUUGAAAUUCUCGAUCUAAGCAUUAACAUGAUAUCUUCGAUCGAGGAUGAUAACUUUAAGCUGUACGUUAAUGUGGUGAAACUUUUCUUGUCGGAAAACUCCAUCCAAACGAUAUCAUUGGAUGCGUUUUCCAACCUGCGUCGGCUGACGACGCUCGAUCUGUCUCACAAUCGGCUGGAGCAUCUGGACGAGCAACUGUUCGAGCGCAACUUGGAGCUGGUGGAUCUAAAUCUUUCGAAUAAUAAUUUCAUGAUGCUUCCGGAGAAACCGUUUCUCAAGAGUGCAACUGUUGCGUUCCUUCACCUUUCGGAAUGUCGCAUACCGCACGUUUUCGACACGAUGUUCAGUAGUCUACCCAACCUGGAGUCGUUAGAUUUGUCGCAGAAUCUAAUGAAAAGUCUAUCGACGACACCGUUCGCACACCUGCGCCGACUGAAUUCGAUCGAUCUGAAUGGUAACAUGUGGGACUGCACGACCAAACCGGUUCGCAAAACAGUCAGAUGGCUCAAAGAUCGUGUAACAAUGGUUCACAUCGAUAGCUGCUUCUUUACAAAAAUGGUGAAUAAGUUUGAGCGCAUGCAGGAAGAUCCGUCGCUAAACCGAGGGCAAAACGAUCGUCGUGACAUUGCGAUCGAAGAAGUAUGGAACACCGGCACCCAAAAACCGUUGUCAAAAAUAGGACAAGAAUGGUGGCCGGCGUUCAUGGACCAAACGUGCUCCUACAGCGAUCGUACCGACGAUCCAUCGAAGGAAAGCUGCAACCAAUUUGUCCAGUGCCAACAGAAGUACGGUGAGCUGUACAAUGCGUACGUGCAGCUUCUGGCACAUAAGGAAACCAGACCUAGCGGCUACUAUCGCACCGGUGUUCUGAUCGGUGGUAUCCUCGUGGGAUUCCUAUUCGGAUCGUUCAUCACGUACUCGCUCCACUGGGCGGUGCGUAAAUGUCGCGAAAGAUCACGGGCACAGAACAUGCCAAACCAGUCGUCCGAUCAAAAGCGCCUCCAGCGUGAACUUCGCCGGGAGUUUCGCGAUCGGAAUCGGUUCGAACAUACCCGCCUGAACGAGUCGCCCGUCUUACCGCGCAGUGAGCGGAACCGCAGGGCAACGGCAUACCAGGACGAAAUCUACCAGAACCACGAGAAUACGCGACAAUUUUUGGUGAACCUGUUUUCCAAACGGCAGCCCCGUUACGUACGCAGUAAUUCGCAGCUAGCCAACAUUAACAACCGUCACAUCCCACCGAUGCAAAUACGAGAUACGGGAGAGAGCCUCCACCUGGUGCCCCGUGCCGCUUCCCACACCGGCCAGGGAUGGGAGCAGCAAAAUUCGGGAAACUUUGAACGAGAACGAACACAAUUGAAUGAGCAACACGUUGGCGCUUUUCGACACAGCGUCGAGCAGCAACCCACGUGGAUGAGCAUUCGACCGGCAGCGCCUUCGUCGGGCACUCUGCCCCGCAAUAAUCGUUCACAAAAUGUACCAAGCGAAAGUCCUCCACCCCCGUACAUUGAGUGUACGGAGUUGCCGAUUGAGCCAAAGGAAGAGCGAGUAAAUAUGUAUUAGGAUUAGGAACGAAUUCAGAAAGCUGAAUUUUGCCAAAUGCUCUGUGAAAUUAUUAAUUUUAAAAGUAUUAGAUUUGUAAUGUGAUGUGAACAUUGUUUAAAAAGUAGUUUUUAUGCUAGAAUUUAUUAUAUGAUCUCGACAAUGCCAUA